AUGGCGACCCCCAAGAGAAUUUACUCGCCUCUGUCGGAGAUCCCCGCCCACCUCUUGGAGCAGAUAUUCCUCCGGCUGCCCGACCCAGAAGACCUCGCCCGCACCUCCGCCGUCUGCGUUACCUUCCGCCGCCUCCUCACCGACGGCUCAUUCCUCCGCCGAUUCCGGCGCCUCCACCCACCACAAGUCCUCGGCAUCCUCGACCUCGGCGGGUUCCACCCCGCUCAGCCGCCUCACCCGUCGGCGCCCGCCGCCCGCGCGCUCGCCCUGGCCGCUGACUUCUCCUUUUCGUUCCUGCCUUCGCGCCGCCGAUGGGCCGUCCGGGCCGUCCGCGACGGCCGCGUCCUCCUCGUCCGCAAGCAAAACAUGAUGGCCGGGGAGCUCUCGAUGUUCCCGGAUCUUGUGGUGUGCGACCCCUUGCACCGGCGGUACAUCCUGCUUCCCCCACUGCCUGACGACCUAGUGGCAUCGGUGGAGAGGCAAGAUGACGAAUUUUUAGGGUGGUCUUGCGAGCCCAGCUUCAUCCCACCUAGCGAUGAGGAGGCUGCCCUGGCGGAAGAGACGGCGUUCAGAGUGAUCUGGUCGGCAUGUUGCAAAACCAAUAUGGCCGUGUUUGUCUUCUCUUCGACCACUGGGCAAUGGCGCCAUUUGGUGGACGGAUGCGUCUACUGGGUCUCGCCGAUGAACAAUACAGAUUUGCUUGUGCUUGACACCAGGACUAUGGAGUUCUCCGUUGCUGACCUCCCACCCGGAGAAUGGAGCCAGCAGGAUAUAGCUAUUGUGGAUGCAGGGGAAGGCAGACUUGGGAUGUUUUGUGUAGAUGAUGAAAAUGCAAGUGAUAAAUCUUAUCUCUGUUAUACCAUCAGGCAAAACAGAGGCGAGAGCUCUGGCGAGUGGCAGAUGGAGAAAAUCUCACUAGGUUCUGGGUAUCGGUAUUGUAUCGGAGGUGGAACAGAGAAGUACUUGAUCCUACAAAGGAUAGAAGCCCAGAAGUACUUAUCGCUAACACCACCAAUCAUGGAAUUUUGCAAACUGGAUGUCAGGACAAUGCAGGUUGAGAGGAUUUGUGCUGAAUCUUGCGGGUUCUCUGGGUCUAAAGCGUUCAUAUAUACCAACUUCCCACCGUCGUUGUUGUCUUUACCGACAGUAUGA